UUUAAAUGAAACAAACAAGAAGAUAAUUACAGGCAGAGAGAAAGGGAGAGGAGAGCGGGAAGGACCGGAGAGAACAGGUCCCCUGAAGGAUAUCCUCUUCUUCUUGCUCUCUCUUCCAUCUUCCCAGGGACCCACAAGACUCCCAGACGGUGAAGUCAAGGGCUCUGAGACUCAUAAGGUUGUUAGGACAUCAUACUGGCACCCCAAAGGAGAACUUUACAGAGGCUUGCAGCACACCGACAAGUUGGAAGGGGAUUAAAAAAAAAACAACAAACCUUCAGCACUCAGCAACCCCACGCACGGAGCUGAGGGACACCUUCUGACCUGCACAGGCAGACUGGAGGCUGGAUGGGGGACUGGCUGAGGAGGACAUCUGGAGAGUGAAGGUUAAGUACCAGCUGGGAUUUUUGUGCCCCCAGAUACUUCUUUGCUUUUUAAGAUAAUAAGCCUCGGAUUCUGUGUCUCUGUCUAUCAGCUCUUCUCGCAAUUGGUUUGAAGGUGAAUGUAUUUUAGGUUAAGGACUACAAAGAGAAGGUAACUCCUAGGGAGGGGGAAGGAGAAAGAAAAGAAAAUCAGAGGAUAAGAUUCUUCUUAAUGACUUCAGGUGGCGAGUGGUAUGUGUUUGUGAGCGAGCGUGUGUUUGAGUAGACCUGGCUCGCGCCCAUGUAUCCUUCUAGUAUCAGCGAGGGGAGGGGCUAUUGAAGACGGGGGGUGGGGGAAAAGAAAAAAAGAGAAAGAAGGAAACCUGGGCUCCCUGGAAGAAAUGCAAAGGAAGCCAGAGAAAUGAACUUCACUCUGCAAGGUCUAAACUAGAGCAAGGAGAGAGAGGUCCAGGGAGAAGGGUGAGGGAAUCACAUGCGGUAGGUGAGGCACUGGGGCCACACAGGUAGCCAGAAGAGGUACUCUUUUUGGGGCUGCUUGAAAAAGUUUGGCCUGUGAACAAAACAGUUUGCCUGGUGACUGAGAACCCAUUGCUAGUUGUUUCUUUCUCUUCUCCCCAUCAUCCCAGUGUGGUACCCAGAAGUUGACUUCUGGUUCUAUAUAAAGUGCUGGGGGAGGUAUGAUGUGCUUCAAGAUCCUGAGAAUAAGCCUGGUGAUUCUGGCUGGGUGGGCGCUUGGUGCUGACGGCUUGGAGCUGGGCUGGACACGCAAGAGAUCCUUGGCUCAGAGAGGACACCUGAAUCAGGUGGUGUCGGAAGGAGAGCGCUGUUGGCUGGGGGCCAAGGUUCGAAGACCCAGAGCUGCUCCUCAGCAUCACCUCUUUGGGGUCUACCCCAGCAGGGCCGGCAGCUACCUGAGGCCCUACCCAGCGGGGGAGCAGGGAGCGCACCACGCGGGACGGAGUAAGCCAGACACCAAGGGGAUGGCUGUGAGCUCUGUUCCCCCAGACCUGACUGGCAGUGCAGGCGAGAGGAGUGAGGCUGAGCAGCCAGCUGUCCCGUGGGUAGGGGAUGGUCCUAUUGGGCAAAUGGAGCUACUGGGAGAUGAUGACACUUAUCUUGGCGCUCGAGGAUCCAAGGAGCCUCUAGGUGAGGCUGGGACUCAGGAACGUUCAGCCACGGCUGCCGCCAUCAUGUCCACCUUUCCUCGCCCGAAAGAACCUGGACCAGAGACUCGAAGGAAGGGCAGAACCAAGACCAGACGGCGUCGCCAGGUGGCGAAGGGGCAGGCAAGGGGCGUUCGGGGAGACCCCAGUGUUGCUCCCCGGCACUUCCAACCUUGGCCUAAGCAUCUCCUGUCGCACGGGGUCAGAACCAGUCCUUCGGAGGGCAGCAUCCAGAACGGUGGAGGGGACCCCUACUUGGAAGCAGAGACCUUUGGCCCCCAAGGAGGACUGCCUGUCUUGUACUUCUCUGGGAGGCGGGAGCGGCUGCUGCUGCGUCCAGAAGUGCUGGCUGACACUCCCCGGGAGGCGUUCACAGUGGAAGCCUGGGUGAAACCGGAGGGAGGACAGAACAGCCCAGCCAUCAUCGCAGGUGUGUUUGACAACUGCUCCCACACUGUCAGUGACAAGGGCUGGGCCCUGGGGAUCCGCUCAGGGAAGGAUGUGGGAAGGCGAGAUGCUCGCUUCUUCUUCUCUCUUCGCACCGACCGUGUGACGAAAGCCACCAUUGUGAUGGGCCACAGUCGGUACCAACCAGGCAAGUGGACACACGUGGCAGCCACUUACAACGGACAGCGCAUGGUCCUGUAUGUGGAUGGCACCCAGGUGGCCAGUAGUCCAGACCAGUCUGGUCCCCUGCACAGCCCCUUCAUGGCAUCAUGUCGCUCUUUGCUCCUGGGCGGGGAUAGCUCCGAGGACGGACACCAUUUCCGUGGACACCUGGGCACGCUAGUCUUAUGGUCAACAGCCCUUCCACAAAGCCACCUCCAGCACAGUCCUCAGCAGCCAAGUGAGGUGGAGCAUUUGAGCACCCUGAUCCUGACAGCCAGUUUUGAGCCUCUGGAAGAACAGUGGGCCCCCUUUAGAGAUGAGAAGUACCCACGGCUUGAGGUUCUCCAGGACUUUGAGCCAGAGCCUGAGAUUCUGUCGCCUUUGCAGCCCCCACUCUGUGGGCAGACAGCUUGUGACAACGUGGAACUGAUCUCCCAGUACAAUGGGCACUGGCCCCUUCGGGGAGAGAAGGUGAUACGCUACCAGGUGGUGAACAUCUGUGAUGACGAGGGCCUGAACCCCACCGUGAGUGAGGAGCAGAUCCGCCGGCAGCACGAGGUACUGAAUGAAGCCUUCAGCCGCUACAACAUCAGCUGGCAGCUGAGCGUCCACCAGGUCCACAACUCCACCCUGCGCCACCGCGUCGUGCUUGUGAACUGCGAGCCCAGCAAGAUUGGCAAUGACCACUGCGACCCUGAGUGUGAGCACCCACUCACGGGCUAUGAUGGGGGCGACUGCCGCCUGCAGGGCCGGUGUUACUCCUGGAACCGCAGAGACGGGCUCUGCCAUGUGGAGUGCAACAACAUGCUGAACGACUUUGACGAUGGUGACUGCUGUGACCCCGAGGUGGCCGACGUGCACAAGACCUGCUUCGACCCUGACUCACCCAGGAGGGCAUACAUGAGUGUGAAGGAGCUGAAGGAGGCCCUGCAGCUCAACAGCACUCACUUCCUCAACGUCUACUUUGCCAGCUCAGUGCGGGAAGACCUUGCAGGUGCUGCCACUUGGCCUUGGGACAAGGAAGCCAUCAGUCACCUGGGUGGUGUUGUCCUCAACCCGGCCUAUUACGGCAUGCCUGGCCACACCAACAUCAUGAUCCACGAGGUGGGGCAUGUCCUGGGACUCUACCAUGUCUUCAAAGGGGUCAGUGAAAGAGAAUCCUGCGAUGACCCCUGCAGGGAGACGGUGCCGUCCAUGGACACAGGAGACCUCUGUGCUGACACUGCCCCGACUCCCAAGAGUAAGCUGUGCCAGGAUCCAGAGCCCACCAACGACACCUGUGGCUUCACCCACUUCCCAGGGGCUCCAUUCAGCAACUACAUGAGUUAUACAGAUGAUGACUGCACUGACAGCUUCACCCCCAACCAGGUGGCCCGAAUGCACUGCUACUUGGACCUCGUGUAUCAGCAGUGGAGUCAAAGCCGGAAGCCCACCCCCAUCCCCCUCCCGCCCAUGGUCAUCGGGCAGACCCGCAAGUCCCUCACUGUCCACUGGCUGCCCCCGAUUAGCGGAGUUGUGUACGACAGGGUCCCGGGCAGCGUGUGUGGCGCCUGCACUGAAGACGGGACGUUCCGUCAGUACGUGCACACGGCUUCCUCCCGGCGCGUGUGCGACUCCUCGGGCUACUGGACUCCGGAGGAGGCUGUGGGGCCUCCAGACGUGGAUCAACCCUGUGAGCCAAGCUUGCAGGCCUGGAGUCCCGAGCUCCACCUGUACCACAUGAACAUGACGGUCCCCUGCCCUGCGGAAGGCUGUAGCCUGGAGCUGCUCUUCCAGCACCCGGUCCAAGCCGACACUCUCACCCUGUGGGUCACCUACCUCUCCAUGGAUUCCUCCCAGGCGCUCUUUGACACAGAGAUCUUGCUGGAACACCAGGAGUCUGUGCACCUAGGCCCCUUAGAAACUUUCUGUGACACCCCACUCACUAUCAAGCUGCACGUGGAUGGGAAGGUCUUGGGGGCGAAAGUCUACACCUUUGAUGAGCGGAUGGAGAUCGAUGCAGCUCUCCUGACUUCUCGUCCCCACAGUCCCCUGUGUUCUGGCUGCAGGCCUGUGAGGUACCAGGUUCUCCGUGAGCCCCCGUUUGCCAGUGGCUCGUCCGUGGUGGUGACACAUCUGCACAGGAAGUUCACAGACAUGGAGGUCACACCUGGGCAGAUGUAUCGGUACCAAGUUCAAGCUGAAGCUGGAGCAGAACUGGGAGAAGCUUCGCCUCCUCUGAGCCACAUCCAUGGAGCUCCUUACUGUGGAGAUGGGAAGGUUGCAAGGAGCCUGGGAGAAGAAUGUGAUGAUGGGGACCUUUUGAGUGGAGACGGCUGCUCAAGGGCAUGUGAACUAGAGGAAGGUUUCAACUGUGUGGGGGAGCCAAGCCUGUGCUAUAUAUAUGAAGGAGACGGGAUAUGUGAGCCUUUUGAGAAGGAAACCAGCAUCAUAGACUGUGGCCUCUAUACUCCCAAAGGGUACCUGGAUCAGUGGGCUAUCCAAGCUUAUUCUUCUCAUGAAGACAAGAAGAAGUGUCCUGUUUCCUUGGUAACUGGAGAACCUCAUUCCAUGAUUUGCACAUCACACCAUCCAGGUUUACCAGAGCACCGUCCCCUUACUGGCUGGUUUCCCUGUGUCACCAGUCAAAAUAGACCUCAGGAUGAAGGGAGGAAGCAACCAAAAGGUAGCCUGGAGAGAGAGGAUGAGGUUUGGCUCAAAGUUUGUUUCAAUAGACCAGGAGUGGCCACAGCAAUUUUCAUUUUCUUGACAUCUGAUGGCCUGGUACCUGGGGGACAUCAGCGGUCAACAGUGACCCUCCACCUGACUGAUGUCAGUGGAAACAGCCAUUCUCUUGGAACCUAUGAACUGUCAUGCCAGCAUAACCCACUGGUUAUCAAUGUAACCCAUCCCUCGCAUGUCCUCUCCCACCGCACCGCCUCAGCGCUGCUGAAUUUCUCAUCCCCGUUGGUGGGCAUCUCAGCGGUGGCUCUAAGGACCUCCUCCCACAUAAGUCCUCCAGCUCCCAAUAGCUGCACCCCAGAGCACCAGGGGCAGAACCGUCAGGGACAGAGCUGUGUCCAUUGGCCGUGCGGGAAGCAGGGUAGCUGUGUGCCGCUGCUGCUUGAUCACGCGGAGGUGGUGAACUGUACCUCUGGUGGCCCAGGUCACAUGACGUGUGCUAUCACCUGUCAAAGGGGGUUUGCCCUUCAGGCCAGCAGUGGGCAGUACCUCAGGCCCAUGCAGAAAGAAAUUCUGCUCACGUGUUCCGCUGGGUACUGGGACCGGGCUGUGAGCUGCAUGCCCCUUGACUGCGGUGCCCCUGACCCAUCUCUGGUGAACUAUGCAACCUUCUCCUGCUCAGAGGGAACCAACUUUCUGAAACGCUGCUCCAUCUCCUGUGUCCCACCAGCCAAGCUUCAAGGACUGAGCCCAUGGCUGACCUGCCUUGAAGAUGGGCUCUGGUCUCUCCCCGAAGCCUACUGCAAGCUGGAGUGUGAUGUUCCCCCUGUUAUCCUGAACGCCAACUUGCUCCAGCCUCGCUGCCUCCAGGGCAACCAUGAUGUGGGCUCCGUCUGCAGAUACGAAUGCAAACCAGGCUACUACGUGAUGGGCAGUGCGGAGAGUCAAGUCAGGAACAAGUUCCUGAAGAUACAGUGCCUGGAGGGUGGCAUCUGGGAGCGAGGAAGCUGUGUCCCAGUGGUGUGUGAGCCCCCUUCUCCGGUCUUUGAAGGCAUGUAUGAAUGCACCAAUGGCUUUGAGCUCGGCAGCCAGUGUGUGCUCAACUGUAACCAGGAAAGCAAAAGGCUCCCCAUCCUCUGCACUAAGAAGGGACUGUGGACUGAGGAAUUCAAGUUGUGUGAGAACCUGCAAGGGGAAUGCCCACCACCCACCUCGGAGCUGAAUUUCGUGGAGUACAAGUGUGAACAGGGAUACGGGAUUGGUGCAGUGUGUUCCCCGUCGUGUGUAAUCCCCCCCAGUGAUCCCGUCAUUCUUCCUGAGAACGUCACUGCUGACACUCUGGAGCACUGGAUGGAGCCCGUGAAAGUCCAGAGCAUCGUGUGCACUGGGCGGCGUCAGUGGCACCCAGACCCCCUCCUGAUCCACUGCAUCCAGUCCUGUGAGCCUUUCCAAGCAGAUGGUUGGUGCGAUACUAUCAACAACCGAGCCUACUGCCACUACGAUGGGGGAGACUGCUGCUCUUCCACACUCUCCUCCAAGAAGGUCAUUCCGUUUGCUGCUGACUGUGAUCUGGAUGAAUGCACCUGCCGAGACCCCAAGGCUGAAGAAAAUCAGUAACUGUGGGAUCGAGACCCUCCUUCCACUGCCCUGGCAGCAGUAAGAAAGAGAGGUUCCGCAAAAGGAAACAAAAGGGUGAAUGAAGGAGAAAGGUCGUGGAAGGAAGGAAGGAAGAAGAACAUGAAGGAUCUUAUAAGAAGGGCAAGAGGGUGAUUAUAGGUUCCAAUCAUUGCGUCCAAUAACCCAAGUCAGGAAAAAUCAUCCGCAAAAUUUUCUUCAAAGAGGCAGUUGAUUUAAAGUGGGGAGAGAAAUAUGAUGCUAUACAAGGACCCUCCCCCAUUUAUAGUCUAUCCAAUUCCAUCCUCAACUCUUGCCCUGCCCCUCACUCUGCACCCUGCCAACUAUUCAGCCCCACCCACCUUGUAAGCCAACACCAAAAUACUAGAAGAGAACUUGCCAGGGACACUCUGUUAAUACCCACGUUGAAUGGAUUUCCAUCUUUCAGGGCUCAUCGAACCUAAACUGGCUCUCUCCCUUUCUUUGUGUAGUCUCCCUUAGUCAUAAUGAGGUUAGUUAUUAAUUCUUUAGAAGUAUUUAAACAUAAUUAUAUAAUUAUAUAAAUAUAUUAUAUUUUUUGCUGUCUACUAAGCUAAAAAUUAGCCAUUGUUCCACAUAUGCUGCUGUGAAGUUCACAUCCAGAAUGAAUGCCGAGGGUUUGAGGACCGAAAGACAAGCUCUUCGACCAUCUUUCUAUUCAUAGAAAUUGGCAGGUUGAUAGGGAACUGGAGAAGAAAAGAGAGAGAUUAGAUGGAGGUUUUGAUGAUAACAUGCCAGCUAAUCAUCUUUUUAUGAGCUGGGAGCUGGGCCCAGGCUGAGGAAACGGGGGCUUGGAAUGAUAAUACUAAGAGGCAUGGGAAGGUGAGUGGGGGUAUCUGUUGGUGCUAAGUCCAGGAAAACUAGCCUGUGAUUCUUGAACAUCCAUCCAGAAAGAAUAUAUUCACUUCUGGGAACUCUUAGUUGGAAUUGGUGAGACCCUGGAUUUUCUCCAUUUCCCUAUGUGCCUGUUCCAGGCGUGACUCCCAGCCAGCCCCUCCGUCAACAAGUUUGUAUGAGGGCUCAUCGUCCAAUCACCAGGGUGACAGGAACUCACACAUUCUUCAUCGUUGGCCUGUGGUCUCAUCCCUUCUAAGCCCCCAAGCCUGACCAUCAUUCACAGCCACAUGAGCAAUUGUUGAUUUUCUGGGGAGAAAACUGUCAUAGAAAUGGCCUCGGGGAAAGGUGGGAUGAGAAGAAAGAACAGGCAGGGAUAGAGAAGCCAAGGGAGGCCACUGACAGGGCAGAAGUCGGGGUAAACCAGAGCCCGGGACUGGAGGAUGACAUGAGUCAAGGAGACUCAGCCUUAUUCCAAGUCUCCAAAGAGGACCAAAGGGAAUACUUGGAACCGUGCAGAAUCAGAGGUAAAUUCUAUUCAAGUGUGUUGUGUUAAGUCUGUGUUCCAGAGAGUUCCCUUUGCACAGGCUAUGAAAACACAUGGAGCGAGGGUGACACUCUGUGGGGAGAGAGAAGAAUUUCAACUAUUUAGGGUCCAUUUUGUCAUCCUUUCUUGUUCAGUAGAUGGGUUGUAUGUGAAAUGACCACGUUAACCUGCUUCUAUUUACGUCCAGGGCUGACUACGUGGUCUGCUGCAGUCACUUUUUGGUAAUGAUUUAUGGAUUAGGCCUUGGAGAAAAAGAGUGCAGAGCUAGUUUCUUGUUCAACACCCCAGUUUAUCAUCUCAGGAAGGGCCUGGAGGCUUGUCUCCCUCCAAGACUCUUCUCCAAUGGAACGGAAGGACAGGCAAACAUUUAAGUGCAGCCUUGGCCUCUCUGGAUCACCUGCUCUUUGGCUCUCAAACCACAGUUUUCUACUUUCCCCAUCAACACUAAAGCGAUGGCUGAGUACAAAGAAGAAAUACUACCCCUCGCUAUUUUGAGCCAGACUUAUAUGUAGGAAAGAUCAAUAUUCUAGAAUGGAAUAAAAAGGGAAAGGCGAUAAACACAUAACCAUCUGUGGGGAUAUGAAGUGGGGGUGCAAAGUCUCUGGGGAAAGGGAAGUGCAGAGUCUGCCCAUCCCAAAAUCCCAAACUGCUCUUUUUCUGUAUUUCUAGCCACAUCAGAAUACUGUCCAUUAUUUUGGUUCACAUUUAGUUUCUCUAAGGAGAACAUUUAUUUCUGGGAUUUUGACAGGCUUCAGGAUGGAAAGGGCAGUAGAAAAGCUCAGAGUCUCCAUUUUAAAACUGUUGUAAAAUCAUUAUCCAAGUUUCCUGAAGCGUGCCAGGCCCUGCGCAGGGGACGCCUGCCAUGUCGGGAAGGCCACACGCCCCUGACGGGAACGUGGGGCCUGUGGCUCUUGCCAGCGUGAGUCUGGGCUCGGUCUCUCUGCCAGAGUAGCAGUGACAACAUUUCUCUUCCAUGCUUCAUUUCAAAAUAUUUUCUCCUCUAUUGGUGACAUCUGCAUUCCAUCACUGCCCUGGGAAGGUGACAGGACAGUCCUGAUGGUGUGUGGGAAGCUCCUCAGGCUGCAGGCUGCCCAGCCCGAGUCAGCCCCGGCCUUUCAGAGACAGCAGGUUCUUCCAGCCGUGAUCCCUGGAGCCCAGUGUCAUGAGCGCCUCAGGUCACUGAUAAAGUCGAAGGUCUGAGACACCGUGGUCACAGAUCGCAGUGGGUAUCAGCUCACACUCGCUCCCCGCGGUGGCCUGCAUUCUGCUGUCCCCACCAUCCGUGGGGUCACAGAGGGCCUCUCCCAGAGGCUCUUCUGUCUGAUUCUUUGUUCCAAAAUCACUUCUCCGCUCCCUCUUUUUCCUUAUAACUAGCGCUAGGGUAUCCAGGUGGCCUAGACUCUGAUGGUUAGCGCGACAGCCUCCAGCCAGAGGAGUGAGAGGACAGAACGAGGAGAACGGUCAGCUGGCAAACUUGUCCAUGAAAGGAAAAGGCUCCUUCUCGAUUCUCUCCUUUCCUUCCCUCCAUUACAAGGCAUUGGGUUUGGUGCUUCCUCUGCUCUGUGAGAUCGCUACGAGUGCACGUGUCAGCACCCCGAGGGGAUGGCUUGGUUGGGAACAUAGGGAAAGGAGCUGAUCUACUGUAUUGUAAUGUCAAACAGCUACAGUCGGUUAUUUUGUAAGAUUAUGAGAUGUUCAUUAAAAAGUCAGCACACAAAAUGGG